GAGGCAUUAAAUGGAAAAAUGAAACAAUUAAAAAAAAAAGGAAUUGUUUCACAACAUCAUGAUUAUUUGACGGAUAAUGAACUAAAAAAGAUAUUUCAGCAUGAAAAAGUUUUAAUUGAUACUCCACAAAGAUUGAUUUACAGAAUUUUUAUGUGGUCUUGUUUUCUAUUCCAACCCUGUGGUGGGGAGCACUAUAAAAUUUCAAUUAAGCAGUUUAAUUUUACACCUAAUGGCGAGAGUUAUCAAGGGCCUGUACAUGAUUUUAAAUUUUAUUUUUCUAAAAAACCGUUGAACUCAAGUUACGAUUCACUAUAUUUACGUAUUAAUAAAGAAGCAAAAG